CAGUGGUGUGCCUUCAUACCGAUGAGAGCUCCCCAGCUUGCUCCUCGCCUUGCACGAGCGCGAUGCUUUCCCGAGUCGUUUAAUUCGUUUUAUUUAUUCAUUUCUUUUUAAACGGGGACGACAAUGUCCCAAAAGAGGGAAGUGAACUCUUGCCCGGACGGGUACAGGGUCCUCAGUACUAGUGAACUACGGGAGCUUCUCCAAGAUGAAGCCAAAAUGGAUAAGAUCGUGCGCCUUAGUGAAAAGUUUCAGGAGCUGCAGGUGGAGAGGGAAACCCUGCUGGUGACUAAUCGAGGUCUCGCAGAAGAAAGCCUUACACAUCGGCCCCGGCUCCAGAAUGGUAAACUUCAGUUGGCUGCUAAGUAUGAGGAACUUGCAAAGCUGACCGCUUCCUACAGGGAAAAGCAAAGCCGACUUGAGACCCACAUGCCGAAACACGGUCCACAGAUGGCUCAGAAUCUCCUGCAAGAGGAAGUGGCACAUGCUGAAGAGCAAUCUGAGGAACUUCUGAAGAGAUUCAUGGAGGGGCACGUCCCACUGGAGGGCUUCCUGGACUCCUUUCAAAGCUUCAGAAAGACGUAUCACGUCCGCCGUGCACAGGUUGAGAAGAUCCAGGAACUCAACCGACCUGAGAGGAAGCAAACCAAGAGAUCAGAGGAAGAGGAGGAGGAGGAGGAGGAGCAGGAAGAGAAGAAGAAAAAGGAUGAGGGGAAAAAGGAGCUCCGGCCCAAUGGCAUUACCUCACACGGGUCAGCUCGUGUCUUCCAGGUGCGUUACGGCCUUACACCGGCCAUCCUGGUGCCCCUGUCUACAUCCCCAGCUCCAGCUACUAGCUUGUCUCCUCUGGACUCGUGCACAGGACAGCGGCAGGCUUUAGGGCAUGGUGUCCCUCAUUCAUGUCCUGGGCAACCUGUUGGCCUCAGAGUGAUAGGACAGUUACCAGGCUGGCCGAUCAGACCGGUGCGGUUACAGCAGCUCUAUAGGCCCAGUCCACAUCAGCAUGAACCUCCAUAUCGAUAACGUCCAAACACUGUGCAUCAGUAAUGUCUGACUUGAUCUGCUCAGAGACCUUUGGCUUAAUGUAAAAAAAAUCUUCAUCGGUCGGCGCAAAGGUCGUUUUCAUCCGCCUAAACGGGAGAUGAUUGGAAAGCCAUAAAAUGUCUUGUCUAUGUCGUGAACAAGCCAGUGGAUUACACAACUCCAGGGUGUCUCUGUCAUUGUUGCCAGUUUGUGUCAUUUUGUUUUCUUCCUGUCCCUUUUGUCGGGAUAUGGCUGCUGCUUUUGUGAGGUAAUAAGAGUCGUUAAGACACUGAUUUCUGACUGGAAGGACUUGUUUGAUGCCAAUGAUGUUCUGAGAAAUGCCAGGCUAUGAUUAUGCCUUGUUAUGGUGAUGAUGAUCAAUAAAGUCUAUUAUAAUGUU